AUGCGGUUUCUUCUCGCUGCCUUGUGUAUCCUGGUGUCGUUGCUUUCUGUUAGUUGGGGCACCGCCACGGCGCUCUGUCCGUCCAAUGGCAACACGCACGUCAUCUACGUGACGUCCAACAUGGGUGACAACAUCUGGGCCUUCGACACCGCCGGCCAAUACAUUGGCCUUGUACUAAACAAGAGCUCUUUUCCAUUUCGCGUUGAUAAGCUUCGUGACAUGAAGUUUGGCCCUGGUAACCAUCUCUACGUGACUAGUGCGCGCGGGACAUACAGCCGUGUGUUUGCCGUGUCCGGGAAUGGCCUGCUUAACCGCACGCUUAACGAGGGGUGCACCCGGAACUAUCUCUUUACCGUCACUACGCAAAGCAGCAAGAACCCGUUUCUCGAUCACCCGUACGCGGUGGCAUUCCACCCAGUGGACGGUUCUCUCUUUGUGUCUAACCAAAACUCCGUCACGGUUACAAAGUACGUACGGGUUGAGGGUGGCAAGGGUGCGUUUCCGCAAUGGGAGCCGGCGCAGAACGUGGCGCAAGCCAUCUCCAACGCAUCAGUGCUGGACGGCGUUUCAGCGAAAGCCGGUUUGUUUGCAUCCUCGUGGAGCAAUGCGUACUCGUUGCGCUCCGUGCGUGGGUUGGCUCUCUCACCACCGCUCCCACGUGCCCUUGUAGAGCAGGCUGCUCCGGCUGGGUAUUACUCGACGCUACGAGGACUCGCCUAUUACGUUAUUGUGUGUGACCUGGCGGCUGACCGCCUCCAAGUGUUUCUUGCUGAAACAGGCGAGCAUGUGUUUUCCAUACCCGUUGCAGCUCCCGUGCAGGUCCUAUUCCCGUCGCGGUAUGAGGCGCCCAUCAGUGCGCCCACGUCAUUCUUUGAAACCCCAUACGUGUAUGUGACGAGUAAAGAAGAUGGCUUGGCGUUCCUCGUUCCGCUGGUUGCCUCACCUCGCUCUGCCAAUAUGGGCGGUUUCGCCGACCCCCAGCGACGGCCGAAGGCGUACGCCAUCACAAAACGGGGUCCACACCACUCCCUGAGUGGCAUCUACGAGAACCCAUCACAUGAGAUGCUGUUAAUCGCAGACCGUGUGGGUCGGAGGAUCUCAACCUAUGCCUCACCGUUUUUGGUAGACAGCAAAAAAGGAUCUGAGUCCUCCCCCUUUCUUGGGCACUUCUCUUCGCGACUUCCUGACCAGCCGGAGUUUAUCCUGACGACUAUGGUGGAGCAACAAAGUUCCAUACCCUUCUGUUACGAGCUUAGUGAAGAUGGUUCAUUCCGUUACGUCGCUCUAUGUACGGCGGGGUACAUGUGGGCCUUGGGAAUACUCUUUAGCUUCAUCGUCGCCGCCAUCUAUUGCGUCUUGCGUAAGGUGCGUCGCUGUCAGGAGCGGAGUAGUAAGCAUGGAAGGGAACACGUGCAAAUUCCAAAUAGCCCCAUCGCGGAAGAAGCACCGUUGGUGGACGAUAACCGUGUGGAGGGUUACGGUACGGUCAACUGA